UGAACGUGAUGCACUUGAACAGGAAGUAACUGAGUUUAGGAGAAAACAUGAAAUACUUGAAGCCUCUCAUGUAACUCAAGCUAAAGAAAGAAAUGAGUUAUCAAAAGAGGUAACCACCUUGCAACAGACUGUUACUUUACUGCAAAAAGAUAAAGACUAUCUCAAUCGCCAAAACAUGGAGCUUAGUGUUCGCUGUGCCCACGAAGAGGAUCGCCUUGAAAGACUUCAAGCUCAACUCGAAGAAACCAAAAAGGCUAGAGAAGACAUGUAUGAAAAAUAUGUCACAUCCAGAGAUCAUUAUAAAACAGAAUAUGAAAAUAAAUUACGUGAUGAACUGGAACAAAUCAGAUUGAAAACCAAUCAAGAAAUUGAUCAACUGCGAAGUGCCUCUAGGGAAAUGUAUGAACGGGAAAACAGGAAUCUCCGAGAGGCAAGAGAUAAUGCUGUGGCUGAAAAGGACCGAGCAGUGAUGGCUGAAAAAGAGGCUUUAGAAAAACAUGACCAGCUCUUAGACAGGUACAGAGAACUACAACUUAGUACGGAAAGCAAAGUGACAGAAUUUCUCCAUCAGAGUAGAUUAAAAUCUUUUGAAAGUGAGCGUGUUCAACUUCUACAAGAGGAAACUGCAAGAAAUCUCACACAGUGUCAACUGGAAUGCGAAAAAUACCAGAAAAAAUUGGAGGUUUUAACUAAAGAAUUUUAUAAUCUCCAAGCCUCUUCUGAAAAACGCAUUACUGAACUUCAAGCACAGAACUCUGAGCAUCAAGCAAGGCUAGACAUUUAUGAGAAAUUGGAAAAAGAGCUUGACGAAAUAAUAAUGCAAACUGCAGAAAUUGAAAAUGAAGAGGAGGCUGAAAGGGUUCUUUUUUCCUACGGCUAUGGUGCUAAUGUUCCCACGACAGCCAAAAGACGACUAAAGCAAAGUGUCCACUUGGCAAGAAGAGUACUUCAGUUAGAAAAACAAAACUCACUGAUUUUAAAAGACCUGGAACAUCGAAAGGACCAAGUCACACAGCUCUCCCAAGAGCUUGACAGGGCCAAUUCAUUGUUAAACCAGACUCAACAACCUUACCGAUACCUGAUUGAAUCAGUGCGUCAGAGAGAUUCUAAGAUUGAUUCGCUGACAGAAUGCAUUGCACAACUUGAGAAAGAUGUGAGCAAUUUAAAUAAAGAAAAAUCAGCUUUACUACAAAUGAAGAAUCAAAUGGCAUUAGAUUUAGAACAACUUCUAAAUCAUCGUGAGGAACUGGCAACGAUGAAACAGAUUCUCAUUAAUAUGCGUAGUAAACAUUCUGAGAACAGCUUACUUCUUACGAAAAUGGAAUCAAAAAAUGUGACAGAAAAUCAGAAAUCAAAGACUUUGAAUGUGCCUAAAGAGCCUGAAGACAACAUAUUUAUCCCCAAACCAACACUCUUUACUAAAAAAGAAGCACCCGAAUGGUCUAAAAAACAAAAGAUGAAGACCUAGUGUUUUGGUGGGAAGUACUUGCUAUCCCAUGAUUUGAUUAGCUUCCGAAGUUCAUUUUCUGAUGGAAAAGAAAGUUUAUUUUAAUCAUGUACUUGACAUGUUUAAUUAAUUAAUGUAAUGUUUAUCCUAACGAGUGUUAACAAAUUUCAGCAUAAUCAAAAUGUAUAAAGUGUCAACAGUAACAUACUUUAUAUUUGGUUUUAUCUAUUUUGUUACAAAAUAAAUGUUAUAAACUCUAUGAUUCAAA